AUGAAGAUAUCUCUCUCUCUCUCUCUCCCUCUCUCUCUCUCUCUCCCUCUCUCUCUCUCUCUCUCCUUCUCUCCACGACAAGAAAAUAUUCCUAAUCUUUGGUGGUACAUCUAUCUAUCUAUCUAUCUAUCUAUCUAUCUAUCUAUCUAUCUAUCUAUCUAUCUAUCUAUCUAUCUCUCGCUAUUAAGUGAUCGUAACAUAUGGAACAUUCUUGAGGAGGGAUUCGACGCUAAAUCAAAUAAAGAGUCUAUCACGAAUUUCUUUUCGUCACUUCAAUUACACUUUCAUAUUAUUCAAAAACGUUUCUCUAUAAAUAGUGAUUAUCCGUAUUUUCAACUCAGCCAAUCAAACGAUAGACUUUAUUUACAAUUUACUGUCUUUUCUUUCGGAAUUCCCAAAAGUUCGACCACUCCCUUUAUUCACCUUCAAACCUUUCUAUUCUUUUGUAUAUUAUGUGUUGUAUACUUCGAAUAA